AUGUCUAAUUCCUGUUCCUUGCCAGUUAUCAAGUGGAUAGCUAGUUAUCCCAUAUUUCACAUGAUUACAAUUAGAUUUUCCACAGCUAACGUUACUGUAAGAAUACACAAUGCCAAUCUCGAUUUGUCAUUUUGGUGGUUUAUUUUUCUUCCAUCAUGGCUGCGGUCACCUAACUACAGUAGCUAUCUUGGCGUUAUUAGCAUAAGGCCCGUAUUAAGCUAAUAUUAGCCAAUGUCGGUAUUGACUGUUUAGACUGCAUGCCUACUGAAACAAAUAUUUACUGCAAUAAUCUAAUAAUAACCACGCUAACCAGGUCUCAACUCGAGUCAAUUUGCUGGCCUUCAGUAACCUUGACUAAGGAACAGUUUGCGCUUACUUUAAUAGUAAUGCCAUCCGGUUCCUUACACUCAAUUUGAAUUUCAUCUAUUUUCAGAGAAGUAAACAAGUGAGCCAUGGCACGUACUAAGCAGACCGCCCGUAAAUCCACUGGCGGAAAAGCGCCCAGGAAACAGCUGGCCACCAAGGCUGCAAGGAAAAGCGCGCCAUCUACUGGCGGUGUGAAGAAGCCUCACAGAUACAGGUAAUUAUUUUCACCUCGAUUUGCAGCAGUUUUGGACUUCUGGCCCAAUCCUUUGACUGGCCUGCAGAUACUGAUUUUAAUGUGUUUUGUGUAGGCCGGGUACAGUGGCUCUGAGAGAGAUCCGUCGGUACCAGAAAUCCACUGAGCUGCUGAUCAGGAAGCUGCCCUUCCAGCGUCUGGUCCGUGAAAUUGCACAGGACUUCAAGACUGACCUCCGCUUCCAGAGUGCAGCCAUUGGCGCUCUGCAGGCAAGUUAACUUUAUGAUUUUGAUUGGAACAGUUUGAUAGUUAGGUGUAGUCACAUGGGUGCUAAUUUAGCUGGUUCAAGAAUUACCCAUGUUAAAGCAACAUUGGAGCGACAACCCAAGAAGUGGUGAGCCAGAGUGGCCUUGCUUCCAACUAUGCCCAAAGUAACUGAUGUAAUGGUUUGCAGCUGCACUUAAAGGGAUACUUCGGGAGCAUGCUAGCAGAUACCAUAGACUUCCAGUCAUUGAGCUAAUGCUAGUUAGCAUUGGCUUGCAAAACUAACUACCUUUUUACAUACUGGACACAGACAUAAAAAUAGUCUCCACAAAUUCAUCUGACACUGGGGAAGUAGAUUAAGUCCCCAAGUAUCCCUUUUAAGAUGUAAUUACACCUAAUUAGAUUGAGUUACUUUUCUGAGAAAGGCUUGUUUUCUCCCAAUACAGGAAGCCAGUGAGGCAUACCUUGUUGGCCUGUUUGAGGACACCAACCUGUGUGCCAUCCAUGCCAAGAGGGUGACCAUCAUGCCCAAAGACAUUCAGCUGGCUAGGCGAAUCCGAGGCGAGCGUGCAUAA